GAAAAAUAAAAAAAUAAUAAAACAUGUCCCCAGCCCAAACAGAAAGUCCCCUCCCUCUCCGGUACCCCAACCCUAGCCACCAGACGCCGACCCCUGACCGCAGCCGAGCGAUCCCCUUCUCCCACCCCGUCGGCCGCCGUCCACCGCGCCGGCCGAACAGGCCUUGAUCCAGAUGAACACGCCUCCAUCCAGAUCCAGGGCAAUGAUGGGAGGCUGGGGGGUUUCGGAUGGGUACGAGGGAUCAAAGAGGCCACGAAUGAUGAUGGAAUCGAAUCCCUACUUCGCAGUGAACGCAAGGAGUCCGUUGGAUGGCUCAAAGAGGGCCUGGAUGAUGGAACCAGGCCCUCCCUAUUUCGGAGCAAUGUGCAGCAACGCUGGUGGUGCCAGCGGCGGCUUCUACCAGCCCUUCAGCGGCAACUUAACUGAUGCAGGGGUUAGCACUGGCAUCCAAAACUUUCCAGGUGUCCGACUGCGAGGUCUCCCUUUUGAUUGCAACGACUUUGACAUCCGCAAGUUCUUUGUGGGGCUGGACAUAGUGGACUGCCUCCUGGUUCACAAGAAUGACCGCUUUACUGGUGAGGCUUUUGUCGUCUUCCCGACAGCCAUGCAAGCUGAAUUUGCGCUGCAUCGCAACAGGCAGAACAUGGGCAGGAGGUAUGUUGAGGUGUUCAGCUGCAAGAAGCAGGAGUACUACAGCGCAAUAGCUAAUGAGGUGAACCAGGGAGGUUUCUUUGACUCGGAGUAUCGUCACUCCCCACCUCCAAGGCCCAAAAAGCCGGCUGAAGACAAGAGCAGCAUGGAGUACACUGAGGUGCUUAAGCUCCGUGGGCUUCCCUACUCUGCCACCACCGAGGACAUCAUCAAGUUCUUCGUGGAGUACGAGCUGACAGAGGAGAAUGUGCACAUUGUGUACCGCCCCUAUGGGAAGGCUACAGGUGAAGCUUUUGUUGAGUUCCCAACAGCUGAAGUUGCAAAGACGGCCAUGUGCAAGGAUAAGAUGACCAUCGGGACAAGGUACGUGGAGCUGUUCCCGUCAACCCCGGAGGAGGCCAGCAGGGCGAAAUCCCGAGACAGGCAAUGAAGAAACUCAAUACUCUUGUGUUUGUAUGCAGCUGCGUUGAGUUUAGCUUUCACUCUACAUGCUUUCCUGUAUCGCUGUUAGG